UAAGUAUAAUAAAACCAUACAUGCAUGAAAUAUUUGUGAUUUAUAUCUAAACUAUAAGUUGUCCCGCCGUCUUGUGAUUUUCUUGUGCGAAAAUGGAUACCGAUACGACUGCUAAAGCUUACGAUGAACACAGUGGACCACAAAUCGAAGCAGGUAGUCAAUUUAUCCGUGAGUUAAACCUCUCCUUGGGAGACAAAGUGCUUGACAUGGGUUGCGGUACAGGCCAUCUCACUAAAUAUAUCGCUGAUAUUGUUGGCGCUGAUGGUCAGGCGGUCGGAAUCGAUCCCGAUGCUGAGCGAAUCAAAAUUGCUGAAGGGAAAUCUAAAGAAGCCAACAAUCUUCAGUUCUGUGUUGGUAGCAGUGCAAUUGGAUUUCCAAACGAUAAUGAGCCGUAUUACGAUGUUCAUAUCAGCACGAAUGUAUUCCACUGGGUUCCUGAUGACGAGAAACGAAUUUACAUACAAAAAGCACAUCGAUGUUUGAAAGCUGGUGGGAAACUGGCCAUCUGGUGUGCCGCAAAGAUACCGAGUGAGGAGAAAGUCGAAGGAGUUCAUUUAUUAACCCAAGAGGGCUAUCAAGAUGUGUUUCAAGAGGUUGGUCUCUUCAACAAUGUUGUGGUAGACAGACCGAUCCACCCAUAUCGAUAUGAAUCAUUUGAAGAAUUCAAGCGAUGGUUAAAAGCUACAACUCGCCAGGACAUGGAACCUGACAAUUAUCCAGAAUUCAUUAAGAAAUGUGUUACCAUAGAAGAUGAUGGGCAAGUCACUUGUAAAAUACCAUGUAUUCGCAUCAUAGCAUGCACAAAUUGAUCGGGAUAAUAACAGUCCUAAUAACUUUAUUUCAGUGUCAAUGUUUUGGCUUAUUUACAACUAAUUGAGGACACUAUUUAUGAUAUAGAUCAUUAUUACAAUAUUGGUCAAUUACUUAUAAGUACGCGCAAUAGACAGCUAAAAAUUUAAAAUUACUUAUAUCAUGAGCUGCCGAGUUUGCAGCAAUUAGUAUUAUAUAUUAUACUCGAUAUGUCCAAGCUUGUAGGCGCUCUGGUUUCCUUAUCAAGUUUUGACCAAAUUGUUGGACCUAUAUAGAUGUCUUACCGAGUGUUUUCCGAAGCAUAUACAGUUUAGUCACUAUUUCUCAAAGAAUAAUGUUCAUUUCCGAAGACAAACAAUUUGAAGAUGAUAAAUUGGCCUGCAGUGAUUCAUGUACUGUACAGGGUGUCCCCCAAAAAGUACCCUCUAUAGAAAUUUAUCCUAUUGUUGUUAAGCACAGGAUUUUAUGCGACUGGUAAUUAAAAAUUCAAUUCAAUUGUGUUUACGCACUCUUGUCAGGUUCAGCAUAGUGCUCAGGCAUUCAAAUUAUAACAAUAGGAUAAUUUCUAUAGAGGGUACUUUUUUGGGACACCCUGUAUAUGUCCCUGUCACUGAUUUAAUAUAGAUCAGUGGUCCCUGCUUGUACCUACAAUAGUCUAGAAGACUUUCGUCCAAUGCCGUAUAAGCUUCGGCUCGGACUUGAAUUACAUGUAUUUCUAGAACUGUCCAAACUCCGGUUAUUUUAGCUCCGGCUCCGGCAGUCAAAACUCCGGCUCCGGCAAGAAAAUUUCAUACUUAAAAGUAGAAGCAGGCGAAAGUAUUUCAGUGUAAUUUCAGAAUUUAGUUUAUUCCUUUUUGAGCUUUCUCCUUUACUUUUCAAAUAUACGCACUUCGGUGCUUGUUUAAACAAUGUUUUGUAGAAAGUAAAACCGCAUGGCAGCGUGGUAUUUUCGCCCAAAAUACAUUGGGAUCAGCGGAUUUUUGUAUCAAAAGCGAUAGUAAUGUGCUUGCAGAAUUUUCGAAGCCACGAAUCGGAUCGGAG